CUUUGAGAGCCCCCAUACCCGCGGCGUAUCGUGCCCGAGCUCAGCCCCCCCCCUCCCGUUUCGUUUCUCAGACCCUGUGUUGAGCCCACCUUCUCCUUUGCGUGGCGCACGGCUGUCCCCUUCUGACUACGAACGACACCUAUCAUGGCUUUCGUUGAUAUGAUUUCGGCGCUCGCCUCCAGCGCCGGGUCCGACAACCCCAUGUCCCCGUACCUGUGGAUUGUGAUCGUCGGUGGUAUUGCCUCCGUCAUCAUGGCCUUCGGUAUGGGUGCCAACGACGUGGCCAACACCUUCGGCCCCUCGGUCGGCGCCAAGACCCUCACCCUCAAGCAGGCCGUCAUGUUCGCUUCGGUCUUCGAGUUCACCGGUUCCGUGCUCAUGGGCGGUGCCGUCGUCGACACCGUGUCCCGCGGUAUCGCCGAUCCCGAGAUGUUCGCCGACACCCCGGAGGUGUUGAUGCUCGGUAUGUUCACGUCCCUCGUCGCCGCCGGUAUCUGGCUCCUGCUGGCCACCUCCCUGUCGCUCUCCGUCUCGACCACCCACUCCGUCAUUGGCUCCAUCAUCGGCUUCUCCCUCGUUGCCGGUGGUCCCGGCGCCAUUCUGUGGGGCGAUCUCGGUCUGAUCGUUGCCUCGUGGUUCAUCUCUCCCGUCCUGUCCGGCAGUAUCGCCGCCGCCACCUUCUGGUCGGUUCGCCGUUUCAUCCUGCGCAAGGAGAACUCCCUGACCCUGGGCUACUACUUCUACCCUCUGCUGAUUGCCACCACCGUGGCCGUCAAUGUCUUCUUCAUCACCUACAAGGGUCCCUUCAAGGGUGUUGAGGAGGUCCUGCCCGUGUGGGCGGGCAUCCUGGUUUCCAUCGGUGCCGGUAUCGUCCUGGCCACUCUCAUCCACUUCCUGCUGAUGCCCUUCAUCCGCCGGUACAUUGAGAAGGGCUCCAGCGAUGAGGAGGAGGAUGUCGGCUCUCUGGCCGCCACCGCCCCGGAGGACUACGGCGUCUCGGUUCCCAUCAACGCCGAUGCCUCUGCCCUGUCCGGUGCCACCACCACCGGCGUCGAUGACCGCAUGCCCCUGCUGGCUGAUGCCUCCACCCCGCUGAUCGCCGAGGACACCGCCAGCAAGCCGACCGAGAACGCCGCCUCCGCCAGUGUCAUGAGCUUCUACCAGUCCACCCUCAACCGUGAUGUCCAUGCCGAGGCCAAGAGCGAGGAGGUUGCCCGUCUCCACGCCUCUGCCGAGAUCUUCGACGAGAAGACCGAGCAGCUCUUCAGCUACCUGCAGGUGGCCACUGCCUGCUUUGCUUCCUUCGCCCACGGUGCCAACGACGUGUCCAACUCCGUGGCCCCCUUCACCAUGAUCUACUACAUCUACAUGUAUGCCGAUAUCCCGGCCGGCGACUAUGCCCCGCCUGUCUGGAUUCUGGUCAUGGGUGGUAUCGGUAUCGUGGCCGGUCUGGCCCUGUACGGCUACAAGCUGAUUAUCGCCAUCGGCACGAACCUCAUCAAGAUGACCCCCUCUCGUGGUUUCGCCAUCGAGCUGGCCACCGCCGCCACCGUGGUCAUGGCCUCCAUGAUUGGUAUCCCCAUUUCCUCCACCCAUUGCCAGGUCGGUGCCACCGUUGCUGUGGGUGCCUGCGAGGGCAAGAGCGGCUUCAACCUCAAGCUCUUCACCAAGACCUUCUCCGCCUGGAUUAUCACCAUCUUCUUCGCUGGUGCCGUGUCGGCCGGUAUCUUCUCCCUGGCCUACUUCUCCCCGGCCCACCCGGACUUCGGCUCGGUCAUCAUCCCCCCGGCCGACUCUGCCUCCUCGGCGGUUUCCUCGCUGCUUGGCUUCUAAGGUGUUGCCUCGCCCUUCUUCUGCCCUUGUUGGGUGAUGUGCCGCAAGCACACCCACACAUACAUACACAUACACACAUACACACAUACACACAUACACACAUA